AGGUCGACAGAGGACCUUUUGAGGGAUGAGCCGAUAUAAUGACAUCAAACAAAGGUAGACCGUAACACGCCAACAUGGAUAUAGAUCAUGUGGUAUUGGACAAAGAAGCAAUCAGCCGAUUCGAACAGUACACAUUGGCUAAACCCUCGCUAAAUGGAGGGAUCCCUUUGGACCGAUGCCAAGAUGGCGACUCAAUGGCAUCUAAUAGCAGAAAAAGAGCACAAACAUCCCGCCAAAAAGUUGUUUGUUGCUUUUGUCUAAAAACUACCAAGUACAGAAGAAAACAAUUCAUUAUAGGGUCCCUAACUAACGUUGUAAUAUUCAUCGUACUUUUAGCGUACACGUUUUUGGGAUCAUUCAUUUUCUUAGCCAUAGAAGGCGGUGCUGAAGUACCAGCCAGGCCUCGAAUACUGCCAGACAGACAGAAACUUAGUCAUAAAGAUCAGAAUAGUACGCACAAAAAGUCGGAAGAGGAGUAUGAUUAUGGGAACCUAACAUUGUCAGCAAAUUACUUUUGGGACGCUAGAAGCAGAGCGGUGGAAAAUAUUUGGGAGAUUACAGUGUCUCUGAAUAUUUUGUAUAGAGAGAAUUGGACGCGGUUGGCUGCACAGGAGAUUUUGAAGUUUCAAAACGAGCUCGUGCAAAGGGUUACUACAGAAAUGGCGUCACAAUAUGGCGUCAGCUACCGGGAGAUGGCGCUUGGUGAAUUUGGGAGUGACCUCUCGAACCAUUAUGAAGAACAUGAAUGGAAUUUGGCGCUGGCGUUUUUCUACUCGCUCACCGUUUUAACAACCAUAGGUUACGGCAACAUCGCACCAAGAACCAUCCUGGGUAAAGGCGUUACCAUAAUCUACGCCCUGAUCGGUAUACCGCUGACCCUGGUGUACCUCUCCAGCGUGGGUUCUCUCCUCUCCAAGAUGGCUAGGAGUGUCUUCAGCAGAGCCCUAUGCUGCUGCCUCUGUUCAAACUGUGGCUACUGCUGCUACGACGAACGAAGAAUGGCAGAAAAGGAACGAAGAAUGAAACUCAAAAGACAGCAAGAAGAAAUGCUUAACAGCCAAAACACUAGCAAAACUCCCACGGAAGAAUGCUAUGUGUUAAAACCUGAUAGUCAAAAAGACUUGUCUCUUUCUGAAAGACCAACUACUAGUACGGCUAAGGAUGACAUCAUAAGUUGGCCUGAUACUGAUUCUAAACUGUCUAUGCAUGGUCUAAGCAUACUAGCACCAGUACUCUUAUGCUUAGCAGCAAUAUUUAUAUACAUAGUUAUAGGAGCAGUAGUACUAUUUAACAUAGAUAAUUUGGGUAUCAUAGAUGGAUUCUAUUUCUGUUUUAUGGCAUUAAGCACUAUUGGGUUUGGUAAUAUCGUUCCUGGUAUGACGUACACAACAAUAAAUGGUGUUAGGUACUAUACUAUCAAAUCUACUACCCUAUGGUUCUGUUCUGCUUAUACCUUAACUGGUUUAGCGUUAACAGCCAUGUGUUUUGGCGUCAUACAUGACGAAAUUAUCUAUAGGAUAAAGCAUCAGCAGAAACAGUGGUCCCAAAAGGGCAACACAGUUAAUGAUGGAGUCAAUAUCAAUGAUCCCUUUUACAUGAAUUCCUGACAAAUGUAUAGUAAGAGUAAGUCAGAGAAUCUGUACAGCAUUAUGGAAGAUAGUUCUUUAGAGCGUAACAGAAUCGAAAUUGACAAUAGAGAAGUAGUUCUUAGUGUAGAUGAUAUAUCAGUGGCCGUGGAUCCCAAUGCUGAGUUUCCACCUCCACCGCCAGAAGAAGAAAUCGUUGCUAUAGUAACCAAGAAAGAGCCUAAAGGUUUUGGCAGCAUGGUAGCAUACAAUGCGUUGCCAGAAAUGUUGGAACACGUUAACACAUAAUCUAAAAGACUUGAAGUUUUUGAUUAAUUUUAUUUUCUAUUUUAUUUUCUGGCUGUGAAUUUUUAAUUGACACAAGUUUUGGAAUAUCAUAACGGUAUUUGUCGAAUUUAUUUUUAUCAAGUGUAAUUAUGUAAAUAGUGUUGUAAAUACUGUAAUUAUUGUAAUUAGUGAUAGAACUGAUGUGUGACAUCUUUUAUCGGAUCUAUUUGUCAACUGUUAAUAUCAAGGUAACUGUAAUGAUUUUCAUGUGAAUAGUUUCUUUGUAAAAAAAAUAUGAGUUGAAUAAAAAAAAACUGAAAAUUAA